AUGGAUGAAAAAAAUUCCAAUGAUUCUUCUGCACUCCAUGUCGAGGUCCAGCAUUCUCAGAAUGACCUCGAGACAGGUCACGACGAUGGCUGGCAAUCCAGCACGAAGGAUGCAAAAGCAGCUAACACUGCCGAGCAUACUAUGACUAUACGACAAGCGCUGCGUGCAUAUCCUUGGGCUGUUCUCUGGUCGUUGACUAUCUCUCUAUCCAUUAUCAUGGAGGGCUACGACACAAAUCUUAUUGGUAAUUUCUACGCUUACCCGGAAUUCAAGACACAGUUUGGUAUCCUUCACCCGGGGACUCAGGGAUACCAGGUCCCGCAAGAAUGGCAAUCAGCCCUCGGCGCUGGUGGAAAUGCCGGUUGCAUCAUUGGUGCUUUUUUAAAUGGAUACUAUGUGAAACACUAUGGAUUCAAGAAGGUGUUCAUUACGGGCUGUUUUUGCAUGUGCGGUUUCGUUUUUGUCUCGUUCUUUGGUAAUAGCAUUGGGGCACAAGUUGCAGGUCAGGUUCUUUGUGGUAUACCAUGGGGUAUCUUCGCAACUAUCGGCCCAGCGUAUUCAUCUGAGCUUUUGCCCAUGGCCCUUCGACCGUAUCUGACUGCGUACACAAACAUGUGCUUUGCCAUUGGUCAAUUCAUUAGUAUGGGAGUAUUACAAGCUCUCCUCAACCGCCCAGAUCAAUGGUCGUACAGAAUCCCAUAUGCUGUACAGUGGAUCUGGCCUGUGCCUCUAUUCAUUAUAGGCUUCUUCAUGCCCGAAUCACCGUGGUGGCAAGUUCGUCACGGAAAAUACGACAGCGCCGAAAAAACCGUUCAACGUCUGAUGUCGAAAUCAGAGAAACAUAAUGCCCGCCAGAUUGUUGCCAUGAUGAUUCACACGGAUAAUAUUGAGUCUGAAGUGGAAACCGGAACAUCAUACUGGGAUUGUUUCAAAGGGAGUAAUUUUCGACGAACGGAGAUUGCAUGUGUCACGUUCGCCGGUCAGGUGCUUGCUGGAAGUCAGUUCGCAUAUUCAGGCACUUAUUUCUUUGAGCAGGCAGGGAUGAGCUCGGACAACGCGUACAAACUCGCUCUUGGAGGAACAGCUAUUGCAUUUGUCGGAACAAUUCUCUCCUGGUUUCUAAUGAAGAACUUCGGGAACCGGACGUUGUAUCUGGGCGGUCUCGGGAUGGAAUGUGUUUAUCUCUUCAUCAUCGGCAUCUUGACAUUGGUCAAGAACAACAACAAUGUUGUUUGGGCUCAGUCUGCACUGUGUAUCCUCUGGCUCUUCACAUUCUCUCUGACUAUUGGACCACUUGGAUGGUCAAUUGCACCAGAAGUAUCGUCAACACGCCUGCGUUCGAAAACUAUCGUUCUGGCUCGAAACACCUAUUACAUUGCGAUUAUAGUAGGUAACACUAUAGAGCCAUACAUGAUGAAUCCGACUGCCUGGGACUGGAGAGGCAAAACUGGGUUUUUCUGGUUCGGAUUCGCAUUUGCUACUCUUGUUUGGGGGUAUUUCAGACUCACCGAGACCAAAGGCCGUACAUUUGAAGAACUUGAUAUCAUGUACGCUGCUGGGGUACCGACGAGGAAAUUCAAGACUUAUCAAGUUGAUGCAUACGCGGAGAACCUGAAUAUCAAGGAUCGUGUACAGGAUUCGUUAAACAAGAUUUGA